CUUAUUUGACUGAAAAGGAAAUGGUGGAAGGGGUAGUCGGACAGCUUUAGCAGACAGAGGGAUACCAACACUUUUGUCUCAGCCUCCUGACUCACUUGUCCGGACCUUUACAGUGGUGGGAGGCAGAGGAAAAGCAGCAGCCAUGGCCAACUCUGAACAGAUCAAGAAGACCGCGGUCAAGGUCUUGACCUGCGUGGAGAAGGUCUCCUCCUUCGCCUCUUCUAUCGACCCCCUUUUCGGCAUUGUCUCUUCCCUGGUCGGGGUGGCUCGCAAAGGCCUGGCGAGCGAGGAGGGCAACGCUCUGGACAAGGAGUUCCGGUCGGUCCACACCAAACUGGAGAGCAUAUCCGAGAAGAACCACCAGUGCCUGAGGCAGAUCCGCAUCGAUGAAGUCAAUGAGACCUUCGGCAAGUACGAGGAGUACAUCAAGCACCAGUAUGCCGCCUUCAACACCAUGGUGGCACUGGUGAAGAAAGAUCCAGACCACACGCAGCGCCACAUGGAUCAAUUUGAGAAGAUUUAUGAGAGAGACAAGAGUGACAUGAGUCUGGAUGUGUACUACCGGGGAAUCAUGGGCACCGGCUCUGUGUUUGGAAGGCCGCUGCUCAAGGUGUACCUGGAGCACUGUGACCGUGACCGGAAGAUCAUGGAGCACCGCUGCUCCCACCUUCGCCACCUGUUCCACAUGGGCCUCAUCGCCCUCAUGGCCUACACAGCUGUGACUGAGGAUGAUGAAGACGAGGUGAAACAGAAGUGGGCCAAGAGGGUGGAAGACAUCCAGCAGAAAAUGCAGGAGGUGCUCAGUCAAUGCAAAGAGGAGAGCCCGUCCUAAAUUUGAACUGGAAGGACGGGACGGACCCAUACAGAAAGGUAGUCCUGUGGAUUCGGUGAAAACGCUAUGGGGACCAGCAUCCAAGUUUAUACUCUCAGCUGUUGACCAAUGAAAGAAAACAAAUCAUGCCAUAUAGAUAGGAAACGCAGCCUUUUACAUAUUGUGCACUGUAGUUGCACUUAUUUGCUCUCUUGUAUCAUUUUGGUUGCUGAAUCUAUUGUGUAUGUAUAUUAUUUUUGUUCAAAGAGACCACUUGAGUUUUUGUUUUGUUUCGGUUGUUUUGUGUGACCCGUCAAUAAAUGCUGAUGAAGUUUUAUACAAUCGCUUCGGUUAAAAAAAUAUAAAUUAUAUGUUUAUCAUG